GGCCAAAGUUUCGAUUUCGUGAUUGUGGGCGGAGGAUCAGCUGGUUGCGUGGUCGCCAACCGACUUACCGAAGUUAACAGGAGCGUGCUUCUCAUUGAGGCCGGAGGUGACCCUCCACUUAUAUCAGAAAUCCCAGGAAUAUCUGUGUUAUUGGGUUCAACGUUUCCCGAUUGGAAUUACUACACGGUUAACGAUGGCUCUUCCGGUCAUGCACAUAAGUUGCACAAAUUUCACGCCAUCCAAGGGAAAAUGCUGGGAGGAUCGAGCAAUGUCAAUUACAUGUAUUAUAUAAAAGGAAAUAAAGUGGACUACCAAAAUUGGGUGGAAAGAGGAAAUCUAGGCUGGGAUUGGAACACUGUUAUCGAAUAUUUCGAAAAGAGCGUCUCCGUAAACGAACCCCGAGGUUACCUCGGUAUAACACGACCAUUAUGGGAACGGGAAACCGAGUCAUACUUAAAUGCAUUCAAAGAAAAUGGUUAUGACAUUUUAGACGACACAAAUGACUUCAACCAACUCGGUUUUUCAACGCCAAGUUUCUCAAUUUACAACCACCGACGUCAAAGCACUGCUUUAACUUUCAUCAAGCCAAUCAUGAAAAGACAAAAUUUAUAUUUGCUUAAGAAUACCAUCGCUACGAAAAUAAUUUUCGAUAAAAAUAAAAGAGCCAUUGGUGUAGAAGUAAAUGAUACUGGAGAUAAAAAAUAUAUAUACGCAAAACAAGAAAUAAUUAUAUCGGCUGGUUCUUUAAACAGUCCAAAAUUAUUAAUGUUAUCAGGAAUCGGUGCAAAAGAACAUUUAGAAAAAGUUGGUAUUGAAACGCUUGUAAAUGUGCCCAAUGUUGGCGUGAACUUGCAAGAUCAUAUGUUAGUGCCUAUAAUAUUAUCCGGUGGUAACAAUUCAACAUUUUUCAUUGAAAACUUUAAUGUUUUAAAACAUGCAGAUAAAUUUCCCGUUCCAACUGUCAUGGGUUUCGUGGCAUUGGACAAGAACCAAUCGUUUCCAGAUUACCAAAUUACGGGGUUUCCUCUACCGAGCGGUUCAUUACUGCCGGCAUUGAUGUGUUCCGAAAUAUUCGAUUGGAAUAAUGAAAUAUGUAUUGCUAUGACCAACUCUGCUACACAAGGAGACAUUCUGUUUGCGUUGGUAUCUUUCCUUCACCCUAAAUCAAGUGGAACAGUUAGACUUAAAAGUAAAAAUCCCGAAGACGGACCAAUAAUAAACACUGGCUAUUUUUCUAACAAGGUUGACUUAAAGAAAUUUGCCAAAUGCAUUAAAGACUUUACAAAAGUCACCGGUACAACAUAUUUAAGAAGAAUUAAAUCUGAAGUAAUCGAUUUAAAUGUCAAAGAAUGUAGCAACAUAAACUUUGGUAGCCAAAAAUACUGGGAGUGUUAUGUACUAAACUUAGCAGCUUCACAAUUUCACUUCUCAGGAACCUGUGCUAUGGGUCCUGAAGGAGUGGGAGUGGUUGAUGAGAGAUUGAGGGUCAGAGGUGUGAAAGGACUUAGAGUUGUUGACGCAAGUAUUAUGCCUUCAAUAGUGAGUGGAAACAUAUACGCCCCGGUAGUAAUGAUUGCUGAAAAAGCAUCUGAUAUGAUUAAAUUAGAUAACAGCUUAUGA